AUGUCUCCGUGUAAAAAAGUUCGUAGUGUUUUAAAUCGAAAACGAGAACGUUUGCUAGACAAGAAGGCUCGGCUAAGUAUGAUUCGAAAAAAACGAUUGACUUCGGUAGUCGAAGAUGAAAACGAAUCACAGCAUGGUCAGCAUGCAGUCAUUAUAAAUGAAAUUAAUAAUUUGGAAGAGUUAUCAGAUUGGACUCCUGAAUGGGAAACUUUAAAAAUAAUUACAAGUACACCUGUACUAGCUGUUUCUGAUAGAAACAAUGUUACGUCAGAUAUGUGUCAGGGGCGGAGAAUUGUUGAUAUUUGUUAUAUUUUUGAACAAAUUAAGGAUAGUGAACAUACAGGUGGUUUUGGUUGUUCAUUUAUAAAUAUGACAUUCAUAUCCGAAAAAAGACGAGGGUAUUAUUCUGAAUAUAAAUUCAAGUGCAAAAUGUGUGGUAUUAUUAAAAGUAUUCAAUCUGAAAAAGAAAAUUCAACGUUUUUACCGAUUAAUGAGGGAAUCGUUAGCGGGACAAUUGCUAUUGGAAUUGGUCAUUCACAAUUGGCUGAAUUAUCAGCCACAAUUGACAUACCAUAUAUAUCACCAACAACUUACUUCAAAGUUCAGACCUCUCUAAGUAAUAUAAUACACGAUGUUGCCAUGCAAGAAAUGUUACUUGCUGGCGAAGAAGAAAAAAAAAUAACAUUUGAAAGUGGUAAUGUAGACAACGACGGUAUACCUAUGUGCACUGUGAUAGCAGAUGGACAGUGGAGCAAACGUAGUUAUAAGACAAAGUAUGAUGCUUUGUCAGGAGUGGCUACAAUUAUUGGAUACCGUUCAAAAAAAAUAUUAUUCAUUGGUAUCAGAAAUAGAUACUGCGUUAUUUGCGAACGAGCUAAAGUAAGUAAUGAGAUCGCUAUAGAACAUGUUUGUUUCAUGAACUGGGCAAAAGGGGCUACUAGUAUAGAAGCGGAUGCAGUAGCUGAAGGGUUCAAAAUAAGUGUGAAAAUGCAUGGCUUGAAAUUUAACCAAUUAAUCGGUGAAGUUGGGAAAAAAUUUUUAAAAGCUAAUGAGAUGAAACGAACAACUAAUAAAAGACGAAAAGUACUCUUCCCGAAAUCGAAAUUAAAAAUAACAGCCGCCAAGCCAGACCAACAUUAUAGUUUAGCUGAGCCACUUCCGGAAGAACAUGUAACACCUGAAGAAAUUGAAUUUAAAAAAAUUCAAUUUUUAAACAGUUUGAAAUUAGACAGAAGUGAACGAUUAGUUCUUGAAGAAAAAACAAGAGAUCAAGCUAAUAGUCAACUUUGGCAUAGUGAAAGGAGAAAUCGGUUAACCGCAUCCAACUUCGGGCGUAUAUGUAAAAUGAGACCAACAACAUCGUGUAAAUCAACUGUAUAUGAUUUAUUGUAUAGAACAUUUUCCACUGCGGCCACUGAGUAUGGAAAAGCAUUAGAAUCGUCUGCUAUAACAGCACUUGAAAUCUUUUUAAACUGUAAAGUACGACCAAGUGGACUGGUGGUAGAUGCAAAUCAAUAUUAUUUAGCAGCUUCUCCAGAUGGCUUAGUUGAAGAUGACGGGGUUGUAGAAAUUAAGUGUCCUUUUGGUGCAAAAGAUUUUAUUUCAUUUGAGGAAGCUGUGUUAAACAAAAAAGUGCCUUAUUGCCAAAUCGUAGAAAACAAAAUGGAAUUAAAACCUGACAGUCAUUAUUAUUUUCAAGUGCAAGGACAAAUGCAUAUUUGUCAAAAAAAAUUUUGUUAUUUUGUUGUACACUCGGCUAAUUGGACUAAAAUUCAGAAAAUUGGAUACGAUGAGGCAUUUUGGUCACAAAAAAUGGUUAAAAAAUUGGAAACUUUCUACAUGCAUUGCUUAUUGCCGGAAAUAGUAAAUCCGCAGUACGGCAAACGGUUACUUUUAGAUGAUAUAAAAGAUCCUCCACAUAUAUUGGAAAAUAUGAAUAGAAAACUUAAAAAAAGGAAUACCAUUAAUAAACGAAAUUCCAAAUUUUAA